AUGGGAGACAAUAAAGAAAAUGUGCCUACAACCUCAAAUACAGUCGAGGAUCCUCUUUGGGAUGCAUUGUCAUAUCAAAUGGAGUCUGUAGGUUUGCAAAAACCUACAAAAGCCAAGCCUGCUUAUGUAAAUAUACCUGUCACCCUGGACCCAAAUUAUGAUGAGUCGAAGGACGAAACGUACCUUGACCAAAUCUUUUCUUCCCUUGUUAUGUUAGGGGAAGGGGGAUUUGGGCAAGUAUUUAAAGGUACGCACAACUUUGACAACAGAAAAUAUGCUAUAAAAAAGAUCAAGGCACGUGAGGACGCGGCGAAGUAUGCCGAGAUCAAACAUUUUGAAAAAGUGGGGUGUCACCCCCAUAUUGUGAAGUACAUGAUGGCGUGGGAGGAGGAACACGUGUAUAUCCUAAUGCAACUCUCACAAAUGAGUCUAGCCAACUACAUCAAUCUCACAAGAAACGUGUCAGAGCUAGUGUAUUUUGAUUGCAUUCAUGACAUAUGUGUUGCCCUGAAGUACUUGGCGGACAAGGGUAUUAUACACUUGGACGUCAAGGACGAUAACAUACUAAUUCAUGGAAAGGUGUUCAAAUUAUCAGAUUUUGGAAAUAUCCUUGACAUGAACGAGAUAUGCCUGAAUGUUAUCCAGGGCAAUACAGGACUCUUCCCACGUGGUUGGAGUUUUUUGGAGAAUUAA